UUUCCUGUAGUAGCCUGGAAUCUUAUCAUCAAACCAUGAAUUUUGCUUGUAGAAAACCUCAUUUUUCCUUGAAAGUGUCAGAAGACAAAAAUGUGCUCCCAGCCCUCCAGAAAACUUUACUUCUGGAUGGAGAAUAUUUUUUUUCUCACUGGUUUUUAGAGUAUACUCAACUGUCCUCCUCCCACAGGUGUGCUCUUUCCUUGCUGUCAAUUGAGGCAAUAGGUGCUAAGCUCAUGCUUUGCUCCCAGGACUUCCCACCCGCAGCAGCCCUGUGCCCUUACCCCCAUCAGCUGGGCUUUGUGGGACACCCUUUUCUCCAGGACAACUCAAACAGUGUCUGUCUUUUGCUUUGUUUCUGCCUGUAUUCUAGCUGUCCUACAGUACAUGUGUUGUCCCUGUGCAGGUGCCACUUGGGAAGAGCUCAUUUCUGUCACUUUCACUUGGCUUUCUUUUUCUCUGUGUGAAACGCCAGGGUGCUCAAGCAGUCUGAAGAAAUCAAAAAAGAUGUGGCCGUUUUGGGGACUGGACCUGAACCGAGUCCGCUGUGACCUGGUCUUCACAGAAGCCAUCAAUCAAAGGAUGCAGGUUCCCAACAGGCUGAAGGUAGCAGAGAGCUUCAGCCCUGUGGACGAGAGGCCAGUGACAGAGGAUGUCCCUCCUUCCUUUCGGAUGCACAUCCCUGAUAGGAUUUCUCUUGCUGAAAUAUCAGAUGCCAGUUUGAGGCCCAUCCUGCCGAACCAGCAAAGGAAGGUCCCCUCUACCAUGGUGCAUGUUUCCCCGGACUCUUCUGCACAGCCCACUCACCUCGGGGAGCUCCCUUUUCUCCAUGUAGCCAGCAGAUCAAGUUCCCAGAAACGCAAACGAUCGGGCCAUCACAGCAGCAAGUCGCGGCGGGAGAGAACUCCAAAUGAUUGUGCCCAGCUGGCCUUGCACAGCCUGGGCCAGCACCAUGAACGGCCGGAUACCUGCCUCCUGCCUGCACGCAGUGCCCCGCUCCCCCUCCUCCCAGAGACAGGCAGGAUCUACUCCAUGCAGAACAUCUUCCAGACCAUGUACCUCCUGGGCCAGGUGCUCUUCCACCGUGUCCAGGACUCCCUGCAAGACCCGGUGUCAUCCAGCUCCCAGGAGGCUGGCCCAGCCCCAGAGAGUGCCUUGGAGGAAGUCGGGGUGGCUGAGAUGGCAGCAAUGAGAAAGCAGUUGACGAGGAUCUCGGGGAGGCUCCGCAUGCUGGAGGAGCAGUGCAACGCCUGGCGGCAGAAGGAGACCCUGGUCUACUCCGUGCUGAUCUCCGCCUGCCUCCUCAACAUGUGGCUCUGGCUGAGGAGAUGAUUUCCCACGCCCUGACAUCCCUUGCCCAGCUGUGGCAGGGUAGGUGAGGGCAGGAAGAGGAUCCUUACUUGCAUACUUGCAAACAGUAAAACUAUGUGUUUCUUCUUAACUUGAUCUGCUUUUCGCACUGUAUGCCUUUGAGGAUCUGUGUCCUUCAGGCCCCGAUCACAAUGAAGGUGCCAUCCCUCUCCCAUGCUGUAGCAUCAGAGGUGGGUGAGGGAAACAAUGAAGCGGUACAGAGCUGGAGAUGGUGUCAGGGACGGGUGGGGUACAAGGAAUAUGGCCCAACAGGCGUAGUCCCAGGGCAAAUGCUCUGUGGAUGCCAGCAACCACCUUAUAUUUUUGAUGGGGUGGUUCUUGUGUGGGAAACUGCUGUGAAGAGCCCAUGUCUCGUAAGAAAUUGGUGGCUGAUACAGGAGCCAUUGUGCUGUCUGCCCGAGGAGGUGCUAAAUCAAGGUAUUGUAUGGUUGGGGUCAUGGGGUCCUGUUACAGUCUUAGGUGACCACAUCCCAGCUUGGACAGCUCACUUCUGACCCCAUAGAAGUCCUCAGCCAGCUGCUGUGAUCUGUUCCUCGUUUUGCAUCCCAACAGCUUGUGUGGAGUGGUUGAGUGCUUUUUUAAAGUGCCAGCGGGUUUUCUUUUCUUCCUUGUGCAACUGCUGUUUGGUGGAUGUACUGCUGCCAGUUCUCCCAUCCCAGAACAGCCCCUUCUCUAGAAGGGAUGCAGCUAGAGGACCGGGGAGCUCACAUCCCUCCAGCUGCUGCUGUACCACCAUUUCUCCGGUUCUCAUCCUGCUCGAGGCAAUUCAGCAGCAGGUCUGCAAAUGUUCAGGUCUAAAGUUAUUGUAAGAACAUUGCUGAGGUCUGGGUUUAUCCAGGGUCUUGGCUCUUUCCCAGAGAUAUUUACAUGGGAAACGUCCUCAUGGUGAUUCUUUGGAUUAUAAGACCUUGUACCAACAGUGACAGCACCAGUCAUGGAAAAUUGCUGGUUUGGGCAGCAGUAGGUAUUUGUUAGUUGCCAGUGCCAGCCAAGCUGUAACUUCAGCAGUGGUGCAAGAACACAGGUAAGGGGGAUUCUUGGCCCAGAUGCUCUUCAGCUUUAAACAGGCCCAGUUCAACAGCUUUGCUGUUUCUUUCCUUCUGUGGAGUUUAGUAACACUUGGGGCUGAGAUGACUUUGAGAUGCUUUUGGUGGUUCAUCCAGCACAUCUGCUGGAGUUGUGCUUGCAGACUCUGGGAGCAGGUUUAACAUGGCUUGGCUUAACAUGACCUCUCUGUUCCACCUGUAAGUAAUUGUAGCUGGAUCUGCAGGUCACUCAGAUGUCCCAAGAGCUUAUUUACAGACAAGGAUGCUUGAGUGUUUUCUGUCUGCAACUACAUUAAGCAUCCGUGACUGUAAAUCUGGCAGCUGGACACUGGCUAAUAAAUAACUGUCCCACAAGUAAUUGCAGGUCUGAACCUGUGGCUGACAGCUGAGUUGAGAAGAGUGCUGAGAUUUACUGCCAGCAAGAGCCAGGAUGGUGUGGUGGACUCAAUGUGCCAUGGCAGGAUGUGUAAGGAACGGGAGCACUGGUGCAGAGGUUGUUCCCAUGGCUUGUGGCUCAGGAAUGUGGUCAGGGUUGCCAGGGGAUGUUACAAAUGGCAUCUGUAUAAGGGGGCUGCUGCUGUGUGACUCAUGCCAGGAAAGCAGGUAAAUUGUUUGGCUGGUUUCUCUUCUCUGAGAGGUGCAAAUGUGUUUUGGAGGAAGCUUGCAAUUUUUUUAAUCCGUACUUUAGGAUGAGAAGGGCUGACUCUUCUCGGUGGGGCGGGGGGAUGUGCGGAAGAGAGGCAUGCACACCAACUUCAACGUGUGAACUGAAGAUAUUUAGAAGAGAGGUGAUCAAACUGUAUGUGUUCUCAAAGGAUAAUUAUUGGCAGAUUUCAGAGGAUACAAUAUGGCUUUUACAUAAGGCAUAAAUCCUGGUGUAAAUCUGGAAAUACUGAC